AAUUCCAAAACUAAACCACACAAAGCUUUUGAUUGAUUACUGAGAAAGAUACAACUUUUGAACACAGGUUUUAAGAUGGAUAUUUUCGACAACUCUGAUCUUGAAUACCUUGUUGAUGAAUUCCACGCUGAUUUCGAUGAUGAUGAACCCUUUGGAGAGGUUGAUAUCACCAGUGAUUCUGAUUCUGAUUUCAUGGACUCCGAUUUCGAUUUCGAGCUGAGUCAGAGUAAGACGAACAAUGAUACAUCAGCGUUAGAAGCUAGGAAUGGAAAAGAUAUUCAAGGGAUUCCUUGGGAGAGCAUGAAUUACACGAGGGAUCGAUACCGUGAGAACAGAUUGCUACACUAUAAAAACUUUGAGAGUCUCUUUAGAUCAAGAGAAGAGCUUUAUAAGGAUUGCUUGCAAGUUGAGAAAGGAAAAAACUUUUACGACUUUCAGUUCAACACGAGGCUUGUUAAGUCCACAAUUGCACAUUUUCAGCUCUUGUGUUUAAUUAUCGAGUCUGCAACUGCAAACAGUUGGCCUCUUAUCAAGCCUGAGUUCUCUAGUUGGGAGAGCAGCUGGCGCCUUAAGGAAACCUUUGUUAAUAUGCUGAGGAACUUGGUAUGGGCAACAUCAAAGCACGAUGUGUAUUUCAUGAACAACUACUCUCUCAUGCAUUGGUCAUCUUUGCUGCAAAGGGGCAAAGAAGUACUUAAUGUGGCGAAGCCCAUUGUUCCUACAAUGAAGCAGCAUGGAUCGUUGUCGCAGUCUGUAUCAAGAGUCCAGAUAAGCACCAUGGCAGUUAAAGACGAUUUGAUAGUUGCGGGAGGGUUCCAAGGGGAACUUAUCUGCAAGAGAAUCAACGAACCUGAGGUUGCUUUCUGCACAAAACUAACAUCAGCUGAAAACGACAUCACCAAUUCGGUUGACAUCUACAACGCACCUAGUGGCUCGUUAAGGGUCAUGGCCGCGAACAAUGACUGUACUGUCCGGCUAUUUGAUGCCACAAAGUUUGCCUUGCUCAACAGUUUCGCCUUUGAUUGGUCUGUAAAUAACAUCUCCAUCAGUCCAGAUGGUAAGCUAGUGGCUGUUCUAGGGGACAGUCCAGAGUGCUUACUAGCAGAUACCGGAUCUGGAAAAGUGAUCCACGGACUCGAAGGCCAUCUAGACUACUCGUUUUCAUCAGCAUGGCACCCAAACGGUCAAAUCCUAGCCACGGGUAACCAAGACACAACCUGUAGGCUAUGGGACGUAAGGAACCUGUCUCAAUCACUCAAAGUGUUGAAAGGAAACAUGGGAGCCAUCAGAGCCUUGAGGUUCACGUCUGAUGGACGGUUCUUAGCCAUGGCUGAGCCAGCAGACUUUGUACACUUGUUUGACACGGAAGCUGGUUACACUCAGUGUCAAGAGAUUGAUCUGUUUGGAGAAAUAGCGGGAAUCUCGUUUAGCCCCGACACGGAGGCACUGUUCGUGGGAGUAGCUGAUCGUACGUACGGUAGCUUGUUGGAGUUUAACAGGAAGCGAAACCACUCGUAUGUUGAUUCCAUAUUCUGAUCUGACUCCAAUCGUUUGAAGCAAAUUAAGGAGCUACAUAUUAUUGUAUGUGUGAGAUUAUGGUUAAAUUAUGUUAGUGGCUUUUGGAGGGGUUAAAAAGUCUUUGUUUUUGUGACUUUCCCUUUGUCAUGUUUAUGUGGUUUUUAGAAAUUCCAUCAGACUUACAUUUUGAUCAGGCAGUAUAUACUAGGAAUUGGACUAAACAAAAUAUGUACAUUACAUAAAUUUUGAUGUUUUUG